CUUUUCGUCCCUUUCCCUCGUAGCAGGGCCUGAUUGCCGACCUUUUUCUUAGCAACUAUCUCCUUCACGUUCCUUCAGCAAGACAUUCCGUCUUGCGUUGGUCUCCUUGGAUCUUCGGACUCGUGCUGUGACCCUUUCCAAUGGCCCCUCUCAAGCUGUACACGUUCUCGCACAACAGGAACGCCUACAAGGCGCUUAUCGCGGCGGAGUAUACCGGGGCUAAGGUCGAGGUUCCCCCUUUCGAGUUCGGAAAGACCAACAAGAGCAAGGAGUUUCUCGCAUGGAACCCCAUCGGCAAGGUGCCGGUUCUGCAGACCCCCGACGGUCCGAUCUUCGAGAGCAACGCCAUUGCCAAAUACGUUGCCAAGUCGUCUGAUAAAGGCCUCGUCGGGACAUCCGUUUACGAAACGGCGUUGAUCGACCAAUGGAUCGAUUUCACGACCAACGAGAUCGACGCGCAUCUCUGGAGGUGGUUCGCUCCGUACUACGGCUACGGCAACAAGGUUCAAGAGGUGGAGGACAAGGCGAAGGAGGCGUGCAAGCGCGGCCUGGCCUCGCUCAACUCCCACCUGGAGUCGAACACCUUCGUCGUUGGUAACCGGGUUACUCUCGCGGACAUCGUCGCCGUUUCGCAGCUGUGGACGGGGUACAUCACGAUGUUUACCCCCGAAUUUAUGAAGGAAUUCCCCCACGUGGACCGGUUCUGGAACACGCUGAUCAACCAGCCUAAGGUCAAGAAGGUCAUCGGGGAGGUCCAGCAGGUGCAGGCUCAGCCCACGGGCGUGACCACGUGGUUCGAAGGACCAAUCGGGAAGCUCCAGGCCGCCGCCGCUCCCAAGGCCGCCGAGCCCGUUGCUAAGCCUGCUGCAGCAGCAGCGGACGAAGGGGAGGAGGCUGAGGCGCCGAAGCCCAAGGCGAAGAACCCCCUGGACCUGCUGCCGCCCAGCCCGAUGAUCAUGGACGCGUGGAAGCGGCUGUACUCCAACACCAAGGCCAAGGACUUCCGCGAAGUGGCCAUCAAGGGCUUCUGGGACAUGUACGACCCUGAGGGCUAUUCCCUGUGGUUCUGCGACUACAAGUUCAACGAGGAGAACACCGUCAAGUUCGUGACGCUGAACAAGGUGUCGGGCUUCCUGCAGCGCAUGGACCUCGCGCGCAAGUACGCCUUCGCCAAGAUGUGCAUCCUGGGGCCGGACGACGGCCCGUUCGUCAUCAAGGGCGUGUGGCUGUUCAGGGGACCGGAUGUGCCCCAGUUUGUCAUGGACGAGUGCUACGACUGCGAGCUGUACGCGUGGACCAAGGUGGAUCUGUCUGACGCCGUCCAGAAGGAGCGUGUGAGCCAAUACUUCGAGGAGCCUGACGAAAUCGACGGGCUUGUGCUGCAGGAGGCCAAGUGCUUCAAAUGAGUGGGCUCUAUGGAGGAGAGGCAGGCUGGGUAAUCACUUGGUCUUUGUUCCCAGCUGGUAGGCCCUCUGCCACUGUAGCAAAUUUUGCCAGAAUCUAGGGAUUGUUUUAGUGCAAUGCCAGCCUACCGUGUUGUGCCAAAGUUUGCAAUGCGAAAGUUAUGAUCAACGAGAUGGACCUGGUGUUGUCUAG